GUCUCCCACUAGUUGAGUAACUCAACAUAAUCAAUAAAUUGCCGGAGGAAGACGAGGGACCGAUGCGAUAAACGAUUCGCCCACAUAUUCCGACCGCACCAUCGUAACGCGUCGGCGAUCGUAAUUGUCACUGACUUUCGGCGGCGAAACGCCUAUCACACCGCCCCGUAUCUCUGCCCAAAAAAUGUUCGCCCGCAUGUUGAACCUUUUGACCUCUUCUUCAAUAAAAAGAGCAUCGCAAACUCGUGGAAGACAAUUCAACGCAGCCCCAAAGUGAAACGUUAAAGGAUUCGGGAGUUUCCGGAGACUACAAAGCAGGUAUCAACAAGGACAGAACUAUCCAAAGAUGAACACAAAGUUGACAAACGUUUUGGUUGUUUUCAUCACAUUUACUGUUUUUGCAACGGCGCAGCAAUGUCAGGAUCGCAUGACGACAAAAACAUGUCAGUAUUUUGUCAAAAUGUACCGCGAGAGGAAUAUCGAUAGCUGUAAAUGGAAACAGAUGACAACCAACUGCGCGCUGACUUGCAAAGUUUGUGUACCACUUCCUAAAUGUGCAACGGUAGCGAGCAGAUAUGGCUGUUGUUGGGAUAACAAAACAGAAGCAAAGUCGUAUGCUGGCGAGGGUUGUCCUGAAUGUAAAGACAGCUACCCAAGCUACUGCAGACAAAGAAUUUCACGAUUCAGCAAAGAAAAAGCCUGCAAUGAACGAGGGACGAACAUGUGCCCAAAAAGCUGUGGGGCCUGCAGGGUUCAGGCCCCUGCUCCAGCGCUGCCUGACUGUUUAAACUCUCCAUACGGCUGUUGCUGGGACCUUACAGCUGCACUGGGGCCAAGAGGAAAGGGAUGCACAGUUUGCAGAGACAAUUAUCACAGGUUGUGCAGUUUAUUUAGCGGUUAUUGCAAAGAAGAAGUUUACAAGUUUGUUAAAAAACACGUCGUCGACAGAUACAGAAAGAGUUGCCCUAAAACGUGUGGAAAAUGUACGCCGGGCCAAAAGAUGCUAGAUAUUUCUGUUUACAGAAGACACUGAAAUAACGCAACGAACUUGAUUCAUCCAUGAAUGGCUGAAGUUGGCUAUGAAAUUAAGUUCAGAAGAUUUAUGAUGAACACCAAUAUUUAAAGAGACAAGACUUAGACUGAAUAUUUAUUAACUCUUAACGAUAUUUUUCCCAACUAGAACAGCCGCGAUUGUACAUUUUUUGCUAGAGCGGUAUAUUUUUCCUCAGUUAAUAUUUAUUAUUUACGAUCAAAGUUUGCAAAUAAAUGCAAAAUGAGAAAAUGCCGAGCCGAAAACUCAAGUGAU